AUGGCCCUUAGCCAGGGCCAUCAUUGGGUGGUGGUCGGGAGUGCUUGCACUGCCCGAUCGCAUGACGUGGUGGUCGUGGUUGGAUCCCUCUACGGAGGGGGAAGCUAAGAGGUGGCCGAGAGUCCUCAUGAGAGUACGCAUGAGAGCUCGAUGGAGAUUUCUUCUCCUGAAGGAGAACUAUUAAGUGAGAUAAUAGUGUCGGGAGGGGGGGCUACUAAUGUCGUAGAGGCGGCAGGAGGUGAGUUAUUGAGGAGUUUGGAGGAGAUGAGGGUGUACUUGGAGAGAAAUUUUUCAAAGAAGCACUCUAAAUAUCUCAAAAAAAGAUGUGACCGAGUCGUAGAUCGAUGUCAUAAAAUGGAGAGGGAAUAUGGAAAGCUUCUUAAAAUUACGGAAAGACUGGAUAGGGUGGAGAAUAAACUACAGAGGCUGGUGGAGGAUGAGGAGAAAAAUCGAUUGGAAAAGGUAGUUACUAGGAGAAUAGAUAACAUGGGAGAACAAGUUAUGAAUAUGGUUAGGGAAGAAUUUAAGAGAAUGAGUGAAGGUAUCUCGUUGGGGGAGGAGGUGGUACGAAUGGAGCGUGUUUGUGAGAAUGUUGGUGAGAAAGUCGAGAAAGUAGGAGAGGAGGUUGUGAAAGUUGAGCGGGUGUGGAUGAAGGGUACGGAUCCCUCCCUCUCUCAUGAUAGGAUGGUUAGUCCCCCCAUUCUAUCAUGGGACAGGGGAACCGUAGGUGCUUGCCCCGGGCCUGUGACCAUUCAUGGCCUCUGGGACCUUAGCGAAACCACGGCCAACGGAACGGGCUUGGAAGAAUCAGCGGGGAAAGAAGACCCUGUAGAGCUUGACUCUAGUCUGGUACUGUAA